AUGCAAAUCAAAGUCCGCACCCUAACCGGCAAAGAAAUCGAACUCGACAUCGAACCCGACUACAAAGUCAGCAAAAUCAAAGAGCGCGUCGAAGAGAAAGAGGGCAUCCCACCCGCCCAGCAGCGCCUCAUUUACGGCGGGAAGCAGAUGGCGGAUGACAAGACCGCUGAGGAGUAUAGUCUGGAGGGAGGCGCGACGUUGCAUUUGGUGUUGGCUUUGAGGGGUGGGUGCGAGGCAUGA